AUGGAACGCUUCCUGAGCAUCGUCUUCCCAUGCUGCUUCCCCAACCGGCGCUCCUCUUCCUCAGGCCAGCACAACGAGCGCACACCGCUACUGUACGAUGCGGCGCACACUGCACAUGGGUCUUCGCGCAACUCGAUAUCUGACAGCGGAUUAGCGACGCCCGGGUCGGAUGCGAAGCGGGUCAAGCGCAAACACAAUUCGAUCUUGCCUGCGCCCGCGUACGAUGCGCAUGUCUUGCGAAACAUUCUCGAUGAUUUUAAGGGGAAGCUCAUUGCUGUUGAUGCGAGCGGUGCGACGGGAGGAGGCGAGAAGGGUGCGACUGGGGCUACAGCAGGAUUGUUGCUCGAGAGCGGCGCAGAGGCGGUCGGGCAGGCGGAGGCAGAGGCGGCCAGCGCAUCCACCACCUCGAUAAGCGCCAAACACCUCACUCCAGUACACACGCUCCGGCUCGCUGUCUCUUCCUCACACCCACCCGCCGCAUCGCAAUCAAAACUCGUCGACAUCUGGUCCACUUCACCCCCCUCAUCCACCACCACCUCUUCCAACACGCCCGCGGCUGCACCGUCCAACACAAUCCUCUCCUAUUCGGCUGCAGUCAAACGAGGAUCUGCUGCGGGCAAACCGAAAGGCAAACGCUUCAGCGGCGCGGCGAAAGGGUCUGCGGCGGCGGCGGUGCCGGAAGCAAGCGUCGAGCAGAAGACGUACGAGUCGCUGGCCGAGUUGGCCCGCUCGAAACCGCUGGUGCAUGACUGGGAGUUGGAGGAGGGCGAGGAUGCAAAGGCGUAA